AUCUAUACAUAUUGGAAUCAUAUUUAUGUUGGAGAAACUGUUCUGGCUAUUGAAUCUAUACAUAAACACAAUUAUAUACACAGGGAUAUCAAGCCAGGCAAUUUGUUACUUGAAAGAUACGGUUACUUGAAAUUGUCAGAUUUUUUACUUUGUAAACCAUUAGAUCGCAAUACACUUGAAGAAAAGGAUUUUUCUGUGGGUCAGAAUGUGAAUGGAACUCCACAAAACGAAGAGUGGACAACUCCUAAACGUUCACGACAAGAACAACUUCAACAUUGGCUUAUUCCACAGUUAGUACACCAGAUUAUAUUGCUCCAAAAGUUCUUUUGAAGAAAGGUUAUGGGAUGGAAUGUGAUUGGUGAGUUUUAUGGGUGUGAAUGUCGGCAUGUUAAGUAUUCAUUUCUUUAUGCUAUAAUGUAUCUCUAUCAUAACAAUUGACAUUCAAAUUUCUUACUUCGGGAUGCAAUAUGGGACACUUCCUUUUUUUUCUAUUAUUUCCUUUUCAAAUGUUCUAAAAGCAUGUUAG